AUGCAUCCAUGGGGCCCAGUAAACAGCGCCUAUGACGGGAGGAGUCGUGGUGUCAUCCCUAGCUUUUACGUUCAAGCAUACAACGAGACUACAAAAUUCCGUCGCACGCCGCACGGACUCUACGUUCAUACAACACAAGAAAGUAUCAAGUGGUCUAACGCUAGCUUUCAGAUGCUGCAUGAAGUGUUAUUCGGACUGUGGCAGUCCGUCAAGCCUCGUCUCCCUCACCUCGUCAUUGUCAAUCCCCAGCCAUGCUACCAUGUCAAGCCCCAUCCACGCUGCAUCAUUACCCAUGCUGCCGUCACGCGCCGCGUCACGACCGUGUCAGGCUUGACACAUACCAUCACUAACUAUGCCACCGAUUUGUUCUGGUCGCGUGCGUUUGUUGCUAGUGAUGCUUGUCGUCAUGUACAUAAUACCAUCAAGAACGUUACCCCGUUCGAAUGGAUGCUAUCAUCCCUCAAACCUAUCAUUAAGCAUUUUAGCAAGUCCACGAUCAGCGCCGCACACCUUCUGAAGAAGCGUCGUGUUGAUGACAAUGACGAGACUGUGAAGGCCUUUCAAAAGAUCGGAAAAACAAGUUUUGGAACUCACUAG